UUGUUGUCAUUCUAUAAUCCCAGAGUUUCAUUUUGGGGCGGAGCUUUGUGUCUGAGAGCCAACCACACAGAGCAGAAUCAGGUCAGUCUGCUGGAGAGGACCUGAAAAAAACCAGGCACAGAGCACAGCAGGAGGAUAGUUGACUGACUGAACAAGCAGCAUGUCUAAACCAUCGUCCAACGUCAAAGCCCUGCAGGCAAAUCUAAAUAUUCCGAUGGGAGCGCUGCGUCCAGGUGCGGGACAUCCUGUCAAGAGGAGAGAGGAUACUGUAGACACAGAGGAGGCUCCUCCCCCAGACCCCCUGCAGGAAGCCACGGCCCUGUCGCCAGAGGAGAAGAAGCCAUUGCCAGGAUCGAUGAAGCUUCCUGGUCCAGCAGUCAACCUAUCAGAGCUGCAGAACGUCAAGAGUGAACUACGAUGGGUCACCAAGGACUAACACACACACUGGUACAGACACACACUGCGGUGUUUCCCAACUUCUCCUCCAGUACUGAAUCAGGUGUGCUUGUCCAGGGAUACAAUAAAAUGUGUACUGUUGGGGAUACUCAAGGAGUACUACAGGUUUCUCAUCAGACCCACACCCACCCUGCAUCUUCUACUGAUGGACUACAACUACCACACCCACCCUGCAUCUUCUUCUGAUGGAC